UCGCCUCUCCAAACUCCUGGCCAAGGCGCGCGGUGGCGUCCUCGCGCUCUCGCUCGCGCCCCCGCCCGUCGCCCGCCCAGGCCAGGCAUGAAUGCUGAGACUUGUGUCUCUUACUGCGAGUCGCCGGCUGCUGCCAUGGACGCCUACUACAGCCCGGUGUCGCAGAGCCGGGAGGGCUCCUCGCCUUUUAGGGCAUACCCCGGCGGCGAGAAGUUCGGCACAACUUUCCUCUCGACCGCCGCCAAAGGGCAGGGAUUCGGAGACGCCAAGAGCCGGGCCCGCUACGGCCCGGGGCAGCAGGACCUGGCGGCACCCCUGGAAAGCGGCGCCGGGGCGCGGGGCUCCUUUAACAAGUUCCAGCCGCAGCCGCAGCCGCCGGCCCCGCAGCAGCCGCAGCCGCAGCCGCAGCCGCAGCCGCCCGCGCAGCAACCGCAUCUCUACUUGCAGCGCGGGGCUUGCAAGACUCCCCCGGACGGCAGCCUCAAACUCCAGGAAGGCAGUGGCGGCCACAACGCGGCCUUGCAGGUCCCCUGCUACGCCAAAGAGAGCUCUCUGGGCGAGCCAGAGUUACCGCCUGACUCUGACACCGUGGGGAUGGACAGCAGCUACCUCAGUGUGAAGGAGGCUGGAGUGAAGGGGCCCCAGGACCGGGCCAGUGCCGACCUCCCCAGCCCGCUGGAGAAGGCCGACUCCGAGAGCAACAAGGGCAAGAAGCGGAGGAACCGGACGACCUUCACCAGCUACCAGCUGGAGGAACUGGAGAAGGUCUUUCAGAAGACCCACUACCCCGACGUGUAUGCCCGGGAGCAGCUGGCCAUGAGGACAGACCUCACCGAGGCCCGUGUGCAGGUCUGGUUCCAGAACCGGAGGGCCAAGUGGAGGAAGAGGGAGCGUUUUGGACAGAUGCAGCAGGUUCGAACCCACUUCUCCACUGCCUACGAGCUGCCCCUCCUCACCCGGGCUGAGAAUUAUGCCCAGAUUCAGAACCCGUCCUGGAUCGGCAACAAUGGGGCUGCCUCACCAGUGCCAGCCUGUGUGGUCCCCUGUGACCCAGUGCCCGCCUGCAUGUCCCCUCACACCCACCCCCCUGGCUCUGGGGCCAGCGGCGUCACCGACUUCCUGAGCGUCUCGGGCGCCGGCAGUCACGUGGGCCAGACCCACAUGGGAGGCCUGUUCGGAGCGGCGGGCCUCAGUCCGGGCCUCAAUGGCUACGAGCUCAACGGGGAGCCGGACCGCAAGACCUCGAGCAUCGCGGCCCUGCGCAUGAAGGCCAAGGAGCACAGCGCGGCCAUCUCCUGGGCCACAUGACAGGGCACCCCUCGGCCUGUCCCCACGCCCUCCCCCGCCUCGGGGCACUGGCCACGCCCAUGCUUCCCAGGCCCCCAGCCUCCCAUUCGACUUUCCUCUUAGGAACCUAGCCUGGGCCGGGGGCCUGGCCCUCAGCACUUUCAGCCACCCCAAGUGUGAGGCCCCGCGGACCGCUGGGAGGGAGGGGCCAGCAGGUCCCGCCCGCCCUGGCACCGAGGCCGAGCCCCUGCUCCUGGCCAGAGGCAGUGGAGGAAGCCAGGUGGCCGAGUUUUGCAGCUUUGCAUCCAUUAUAAGCUGAAGACCCUUUCUCCCCACUCCUCCUCUGCCCUGCCCGGUUUGAGGGCGGAGUCAAGGCUAGAUUCCCAUCCAGACCGAGCAGCGGCCUCGUGCUAUCAUGUCCGUCCUUCCCUCUGCCAUGUGGUCCCCUGGUCUCCUGGUCCCUGGGGCCAGGGACUGUGUCUGAAGAAUACAGUUCUGUCCUUCAGAGACCUGCAGAGUUGGCCCCUGCCCCUCCCAUCCCCAGUUCUCCUCCUGAAAGUCCACGGAAUCUGACCUCCUGGGCCCAAGGUGCCCGCCUCACCUGCACCCACCCUGGCCAUCCCCUGCGCUGCAUCUCCUUGGAGGGCUGGACAGAACGGGAGAGGAGCUGGAGCUGAAGAAUCCUGCUGUCACCCAGCCAUGCUGGUGUCUAGGAGAGGGGACAGCCCCCGACGGGGCACGUUCCAGCUCUCGUGCACCCUCAAACUCUGGAUCUCGGAGAACACUGCAAGGGGAGGACACAGACUGCCCACAGUACCCACAGUGCUGGAAGAAGAAACGCUUCUAGAGAGAGGAAGAGCUGCAGGGAGGUGUCCGGGAAGGGACAGGGGCUCAGGCACUCACUUCCGCUCUCCUGACCGCCCAACACCCCACAACCCGCAGGUUGGAUUUUCCAGGGGGCAGGUCCGGGCAGCUUCGUUUUCUAGCCAGCCAGGCCCCCCCGCCCAGGAGGACCUGGAGACGCCUGUCCCUUCCCCCACCCCUUCUGCUUGCUUGCCAGGCAGUGUCUUGGCGUGGAAGGACUUAUACCUCGGAACACACAAGUAGGGCCUGGAGUCAUGUUGGCAGAGGGGUCAAGAGCAGCGUGCGGAGUUUGCUAAAGGAUGGGUGCUCACGCUCGGCCUCUCGGCCCCUACACUGCCUCAGACUGCCUGUCCCUCAUCAGUCAUCCCUGGAGCGGCACCCUACCUGCCAGAACCUUCCGCAGUGGGUGGGGGCUCUAUGUUCUUCCAGGUGAGGGCAGAGAGAGCCCGCUCUUGCACUUCGUCCCUAGGGAAUCCGAAAUCUCAGCCCCCCGCUCCAGCCGCUAGAAGGGCUCGUGGGCUCCGCUCCUCUGGGUCGCUUGCCCUGUUCCGGAUGUGGGGGCAGGAUGCCGUCCGGAAGCGGUUUCCCUGCCUGCAGGAAGGUGCCUCCCACAUCUGCCUCACUGGAGACCAGCCGCUUGAGUUUUGGCACCAGAUCCAGCCGUCACCUAAGCUUGUGGGACACCGUCCCUGUCCUCUGAGGCCGGCCUUUAGGGCCCGAGAGGCCCCUCCAGCAGGCGGCCCCCCGGGGGACAAGUCCUCGCCUUUCCUACCUUUUGCCCUGAUCCUGUCAGGGAGGAGGGCCAAGUCCAGCUGGCUUGGGGGACUGCACCCAGGACAGCCUCUUGGCUUGGCUGGGGGGAGAUCCUCUGCCCUUGAGCCGCUCGAGGUUUAGAAGGAAUCACAGUCCCGGUCUCUGCCUUCUGCUCUUAUCUGCCCUGGAAACAGGCCUGGGCAAGGAUCCGGCUUUGGCCUCCCUUGGUAAGAGUCAGACCUCUUUGUGAACCAUAGCUCUAACAUUGAUCUUCUAGAAGUGAAAAGCAUCUCGGACAUGGAGUUAAAUGUUGGUUUUAAAUGUUCCAGAUAUCUGAGGAUCUUGGAAUGACUCUUAGGAAGCCUUUUCCAGUUCUGAGGUUCACUGAAAUAACUCAAGCUCCCCAAAUCUAGGAAGGGAAAGGGAGAAGCACUUAAGGCUGGGAAUCGUUCCCUCUUCCCUUAAGGGCUCUGGUGACUGGCAAGGAAAAGGGAGGAACCCUCGUCAUACCAUGUUCUCACCCAGGAGGGGAUCUGCACAGAGAGAUGGAGCUGGGGAGAGCCCCAGAGGAGGAGGGGAGAGAGAGGAGGGGAGAGAAAGAGAAGGCAGAUUCUUCUAGAAGGGACCCCUGGUGCUCAAUUCCUCUGACUGCCUUCUGGCUGGGCUAGACCAAAGUCAGACAAAUUUCAACCAAAAAGCUUGAGAAGAAAAAGCCUCUAAUAGAGGGAAGCUCUGUGGCUCUGGCUGCCCUUUCCACCAACACAGCCAAGUAUUUAUGAUUAAAAUGUUGGUGUGAAAUGUGCCUGUUCACCUCCCCAUCGUAGCUCCCUGCCCCAGGCCCCCAGGGCCUGCCCCACACUCUGAGAAUCAUAGAACCUGGAGCCGGGAGGGACUUAAAGACCCUCUACUCAGUACACUCCCUUCACACCGGAGAUAAGAAGGUCCCCACCCUGGGGGGCAGGGAGGGCAGGGCGGGGAGGGACUGCCCCGAGGAGUGAGGCCUUAGCCCACACUGGGUGGCAGGGCCUCACGCGACAUCUCAGCUCUUGGUGGGCGGUCCUCCCUCUCAUCAGCCUUCCCUCUGCUGCCUUCCCAGGGGCGGCUAGGCCCAGACCUCGGAGGGCAGGAGGCGUCCCCGCGGCAGCUCCCGUGAGGACCCCGCGAGCCUGGGGGACUCUCCAGGCCUGGCUGGCGGGCUUCUUCAGUGCAAGGGCUCAGGCAGGUGGGCAGAGACGAGCGCCGGCCGGCUCUGUGGGCCACCGCGAAGCAAAUAAGCUUCAGGAGGCGAGGAUCCCCUUUGGCUCCGUGCCUGAGAUCGCGACAGAGACAGAGAUGCGGACCUGAGGCGGCCAGCGGAGUGACAGGCAGCCUGCUGACACUGGGAGAGCCUCUGGGCCCCGCUGGGAGCAAGGCCAGGCGGCCGGGCCUUGACACGAAGGUGCUGCUACCCCCUCGCGGCCCUCACGACACCCGGGGCGUGGAAGGACAGGGCUCUGGGGGCACACACAAAGGCCUGUGCCCAGGUCUUCACCGGCACUGGGGGGGCAUGGACUCUAACCUUUCUUGAAUCCUUUCAACCAUACUUGAUUCUCGCCUCUCACUACCGCGCGUCCAGCUCGGGGAAGCAUGGUGGCCUGGUCGCUUCAAAGACACUGCAGGGGGAUGGGGGCAGCAGGCCUGAGGUGGGUCCCAGCAUCCUCGGCAGUGCCACAAGGGGUCCAGCUCCAGGGCCCCACCAGCCCUCUCUUCGGCUGGGUAGGCAAGAGGAGCUUGUGUGUGAGAGCUCCUGUGCAUCUCGCUUAGGCAGCCGUUCUGUCUCGGGGCCAGGUUAAGGGGAGACCGUCUCAUGGGACACACUGGGGCCUCUGAUCUGCUCGAUGGCCCUGUCAGGGGCAACGGCAAACAGGACUAGCUGGGGGACGAUGGUUGGCAAACCAGCCCCCAGGAUAAUCAUCCAUGGUCAUGAAAGAGAAAAAUGAGAAGACCCCGAGAACCCUACUUCCAAAGUCAUAACAGCCCCACUUCACCUCACCGAGGAUGCUGUCGGGAGGAAAGGCCUUCUGGCGAACCAAACAUGACCUAGCCUCGCCCUCGCCCUCCCCUCCUCCCCUUCACGUACACACAUAGAGCUAGGCCUUUAUACUACUGAUUUUGAAGGGCAGUUUUCAAUGCCUAAUAAUCUGUUUGAUGUGCAGUGGUUGCAAAGAGAGCUGAGCACUCCAAGGAGCGUGAGCCUCAGCCAACACUGACUGUUCUCAUUGUAAGAUAUUUAACCCUGUAUAAACGCAACUUUUCCUUUAGCUUAAUGGCCUGGGGUGGAAUAUUAAAAAUAUAUAUUAAAAAUACAUUAAAAAUUCAGAAAAAAAUGUAUAAAAAACGAGGUCAGUUCCAUAAGGUUUUACUGCCUAUAGCACCAUGUAACUACAUUAUAGCAAACUAUUAAAAGAAUCAUUUCUUGCCUUUUAAAGUAAGUUAUUGCACUUACAUCUUCUUUGGGAGGGGAGGAAUAUCGACGAGAAGGGGACUAGGACCUAGGCGUGGGGCCGAACGGCGAGCGCCAGCAACUGGGCGCUCCGGAGCACACUUCGCUGGGCACAGCCCACACUGUCUGUUUGGUUGGU